AUGUCGAAAUUUUUACAAGAAGAAUCAGAAGGAUCAGAUCAAGAACCUUAAAAUGAAGGCUCUAAGUUCUUGUAAGUAGAAGAAGAAAAUGAAGCAGAAGAAUAAGUGGCUCUAAAGGAUGAGGGACCUAAAAAUACAAAAAAAGAAACAAAAAAAAAUAAAAAUAAAAAGAAUGAUUCAGAUGAUGAAUUAGAUAAAAUACUAGCAUCUAAGGCACCCUAAGAAUAAGAAUUGGAUGAAGAAGCAAAAAAGAAAGCUGAAAAAAAGAAGGAAAAAAAAGCAAAAUAGGCAGAAAAGAAGAAAAAUGUGCCAGAACAAUAGCCAUAAUAAUAAUAAGCAUAGGUCCCCGAAAAAAAACCAGAGAAACCAGGAAAAAAGCUAAAUGCUGCAGCUUAGAAAGCACUUGAGAUGCAAAAAAUAAAGGAAGAAGAAUAAAGAAAAAUAAGGGAAGAAGAAGAAAGAUUAAGGAAAUUAGAAGAAGAAAGAAUAAGAAUUGAAUAGGAGGAAGAGGAACGCAGAAAGUAAGAAGAGGAAAAGAGAAGGUAAGACAAGUAAAAGAAAAAAGAUGAGUUAUUGAAGAAGGGGGAAUAUAAAACAAAAAAACAACUUGAAGAGGAGGAGAAGCUUAAAUUCAUGAGAGAAUAAUUAGGAAUUAAAGUAGAUGAUGCUGGUAAUAAAUCGAACAUUGUGAAAAAGAAAAAAAAACAACCAGGCCAGCAGAAUCAAUAAGUAGAAGCAACAGUAUAAAAACCAGAAGAAACUGUACAACCUGAAUAAAAAGUAGAAUAAAAGCAGCCUGAAAAAUAAUAAUAAGCAGCAGAAAUAAAAUAAUAACCUUAGAAAUAAUAAUAAUAAUAAUAAUAAUAAUAAUAAUAAUAAUAAAAAGUAAAAGAGGAAGUGACCAUAAAAUAAAAUGAAGUUGAGGAUAUCGAAAGUUGGGAACAAUUUGUUGAGGAAGGAGAAGCGGAAUAACUAUAACAGGAGAAAGAUAAAUAAGAAAAACAACAAGUAGAAGAUUAAAAAAGAUAAUAAGAAUAAUAAAUAUUACAAUAAUCUUAUUCUUCAACAAUAAAGAAAGAAAUUUUAGAUUUAUACAAACCUGUAGGUGAAUUAAGAUCUCCUAUUUGUUGUAUUUUAGGACAUGUUGAUACAGGUAAGACAACUCUUUUAGACAAGAUUAGAAAUACUAAUGUUUAAGAGGGUGAAGCAGGAGGUAUUACAUAAUAAAUUGGUGCUACCUUCUUUCCAGCCAAGAAAUUGAAAGAGGAGCUAAUAAAAACUUAAUAGUUCUAUCCAGUUGAUUGCAAUAUCCCUGGAUUAUUAAUUAUUGAUACACCUGGGCAUGAAUCAUUUUCCAACCUAAGAACUAGAGGAUCAUCUUUGUGUGAUUUAGCUAUUUUAGUUAUUGAUUUAAUGCAUGGAUUAGAAAAUUAAACAUUGGAAUCCUUAGAACUAUUAAAGUUGAGAAAAACUCCAUUUAUUAUUGCAUUGAACAAAAUAGAUAGAUGUGUUGAAUGGAAAAAUAAGAAAAAUGCCUCCUCAUAUUAUCAAUUAUAAAAUCAAACUAAAAACUGUAAAAUGGAUUAUGAUACAAAAAGACAAUAGGUGAUUACUUAACUAGCAGAGAAAGGAUUCAAUGUUGCCUUUUUUUGGGAGAAUGAAGAUCCUAAAACUUACAUUUCAGUCGUCCCUACAUCUGGAUUCACUGGAGAAGGUAUUCCUGAUUUGUUGUCCGUAAUCGUGAAAUACACAUCAGUGUAUAUGAAGAAUAAAAUUAAAGUUAAGGAAUAAUUCAAUUGUACUGUGUUAGAGAAGAAAGUUACAGAGGGACAUGGUACUACAAUAGAUUGCCUAUUGAUUGAUGGUCAAAUAAAAAAGGAUGACAAAAUUAUAUUAGCAGGUUUCCAAGGCCCCAUAGUAACUAAGGUGAGAGCUCUUUUAACUCCUCAUCCAAUGAAAGAAAUGAGAGUUAAAGGCGAGUAUAUUCAUCAUGAUAUUAUAUAUGCAUCUAUGGGUCUAAAAAUAUCUGCAGUAGGUUUAGAGGAAGCUAUGGCAGGAUCUCAGAUGUAUUUGGCUAAUUCCUAAGAAGAUAUCGAUAGAGCAACCGAAAUAAUUAAUAAUGAGAUGGAGGAGGUCAAAAAAUACAUAAAACUAUAAAAUUAAGGAGUGGGAGUUGCAGCAUCUACUUUGGGUUCAUUAGAAGCUCUUCUACAAUAUUUGAAUAGUUAAGACAUUCCUGUUUCAUAUGUUAGCGUUGGGCCAGUAUCAAAAGAUGAUGUAAUGAAAGCCUUGAAAAAUGUGCUGUUGGAAGAUGUAAAUAGAAGAAAGAAAGAAUAUGCUUGUAUGUUGGUUUUCGAUGUAAAAAUAUUGCCUGAUGCUUAGAAGUUUGCUGAGGAAAAUUAAAUCAAGAUUUUUGAAGCAAACAUCAUUUAUCAUUUAUUUACUAAGUUUACUGAGUUUAUUAAGUAAGUCAAAGAAGAAAGAAAGAAAAAGGAAGCUGCUGAUGUUGUAUUUCCCUCAUUAUUAAAGAUAGUUCGUAUUAUCAAUACAAAGGAGCCAUUAAUUUUAGGUGUUGAAGUUGAAUAAGGAAUAUUAAAAACAGGAACACCUUUAUGCAUUUAUGAUUAAAAUAGUAACAAAAAUAAAAUUGGAAUUGUGGAGACUAUUGAAUUAAAUCAUAAGAGUUUGAAAGAAGCCAGAGCUACCACAGGAGCAGUUGCCUUAAGAAUUGGAACAAAUUAAGCUAUAUAGGCUGGAAAGCAAAUCACUUUAGAAACAAAACUAGCAAGUUUGAUUACAAGAAGAGCUAUUGAUAUAUUAAAAGAACAUUACAGAGAAGACUUAACUUUGGAUGACUGGUAGUUAGUAAAAGACUUAAAGUUAUUUUUAAACAUUGUUUGA